AUGGCGACCCCUCAGAGCUCGCACCAGAGCCCUCGCAGCUCUCAGACGUGGAUCUCAAACUCUGCUGCCUCAACAUCGACUUCAAGGAUGAACGAUCUGCCUCUCCAGCUCUCACCAGCGCAAGUUGAAGCACAGCAAAUACUAAAACACCUAUUGUCAAAACUGAGCGAACCGGAGUCAAGGUACUACGAAAAAUACGGCAGAUGGGCCGAGAGACAUGCCAGACUAGACGACUUCUGCUUGCGCUGCGUAAGACCCCAAGUCUGGGCCUACUUAAACGGACGCUGGAGUCUGGACGCCCUGAAAACCAUUGCGGGCGACCUACGCUCUGACGCCCGCGCAAUCUACCUAAAUGGAGUCCUAGGCCUCGACAAACGAGUUCGCAUCUACAUCGGGCAGGCCUCAUCCCUGCGGCCCAGAAUCGCACAGCAUCUGAACUUCCGCUUCCGGCGCGAUAACCCCUCGCUUCACUACCACGCGCUGCAGUCAUCCGUCUACAACGCCAUUGGCGUGCUUGCCGUCCUCCCAGGCCCCGGUAUGGGGAAUCACACGCUGCCAGGCAUGGACGAUCCGGGGCUGCUGCUCAAUGUACUGGAGAUGUGGAUGUGCCUUGUGUUUCGCAGUUUGCCGGUCGCUACGCUGAAAGAGUGGAUACCAGUAGGUGUCAGCUCCGGACGAAGAGAGGGCAAAGAAGGGGAAUUUGGGGGGUUGAAUAUAAGGAGUCCGUUGGACCAGGGAGAUGGCAGAGCCGGGUGGAUUGAUCUGAGUACGAAUGAGGAUCCGCUAGUGAGGGAGUAUCUGGGUGUGGGUGCGGCGAAGAGUGAGCAGCCCAGGGAACAGAGAGGAGCCGAAACCGAGAAGAGGAAGAGAGAGUAUGCGGAGAAGGCUAGGAAGCUCAACCAGAGCCAGAAGGGGAUGCACCUGACGGCCAACACUCUGGUCGUCUUUGGUAUGGGCGUAGUAUUGGGGAUUGCGAUAGUGAAAGGAUUCGGCGCGCCGGUGCCGAAACGGUGA